AUGUUCUACUACCCCAACGUGCUUCAGAGGCAUACGGGCUGCUUCUCCACCAUUUGGUUGGCAGCUACGCGCGGCGGCCGCUUGAUGAAGCGGGAAUACCUGAAGGUGAACGUGGUGAAGACCUGUGAGGAAAUCCUAGACUACGUGAUGGUUCGAGUGGAGCCCCCACAGCCUGGCCUACCGCGGCCCCGCUUCUCCCUCUAUCUCUCUGCCCAGCUCCAGAUUGGCGUGAUCCGGGUCUACUCCCAACAAUGCCAGUACCUCGUGGAGGACAUUCAGCACAUCCUGGAGCGCCUGCAUCGAGUCCAACAGCAGAUCCGCAUUGAUAUGCUAGAAUCUGACCUACCCAGCCUGCUGUUGCCUAGCCACCUGACUAUGAUGGAGUCCCUGGAAGAUGCUCCUGACCCUUUUUUUGGGAUGAUGUCUGUGGAUCCCCAACUCCCUGCCCCCUUUGAUAUUCCUCAGAUUCGACACCUCUUAGAGGCUCUGACCCCAGAGAGAGUUCUUAAGGAGACCCUUCCUGAAGUCCCCACAGAGCCCAAGAAGCCAGACAGGAUCAUGGGUAUUGUGAGCGCACCUGAGACCAUCACCAUCCAGGAGAAAGAGCCCAUACACAUAUUGCAGAUCGAGGGUGAACAGGACCUCCCUGAGGUCAGCCGCCAAGACCUUGACCUCCUGAUGGCUGAGGAAGAUGAAGCGAUCUUGUUAGAGGAGCGUCGGCAAGCCAGGCUUCUCCAGGAGCAAAGGGCCCCUCCAGUGCUGGAUGAGACCAAGGAGGAGCCCCGGGCCCCAGAGGGUGAACCCACAGUCCCACCAAUCUCACCUCCAGCUACUGCGCAGGUGGAAGAGGCAGCAGAGCCACUUCCAGGCCAGGUGGUGGGCCCUGAGAAGGAACAGCUUGCGCCUUGGGAGCCAGCGGCUCUAGUCAGCGAGGUGACCCCUCCCCAGGAGCUGCGCAUGCCAGCCCCACCCAGUCUAGAGCGGAAGAGGCCCCCAGUCUCCCCACCUCCUGGGAGCCCACCUGCUCCCCGUCGUCCUCGCCGCCGCCGCCAGUUACUGUUCUGGGACAAGGAGACUCAGAUCUCCCGAGAGAAAUUCCAGGAACAACUGCAAACCAAAGCCCACUGCUGGGAAUGUCCCAUGGUGCAGCCUCCUGAGAUGAUGACCAUGAGUCCUGCUGAGUUGUUCCAAACCCCAACUUACUCUGGCUGGCUACCUCCAGAACUACUAGCUCUCUGGACCCGUUGUGCCAAACUGCCCCCAAGAGUACUCAGACACAAGCCACCCCAAGAGCCUGAAGAGGAAACAGCUGAAAGGGAGGCAGCAGCUGAAGAGGAAAGAAGGAAGACUGAAACUCUGAGUGAUAUUGAGGUCCUGAGGGAGGCCCAGGAGCCCAGUGGUCUCCUGCUGUCUUCAGAGCUCUCCCUAGAAACUGCUGAGGAGGAGAAGUCUCGCACCAGCCUCAUCCCACCGGAAGAGAGGUGGGCCUGGGCUGAAGCGGAGCAGCCAGAGCCCACAGUGCUGCCUGUGGUACCCGAAGUCCCUGAAGUGCCUGUGGAGAUGCCAUUAGAGCUGCUCCCCGAGCCUGAGUUGCUCUCGCUGGAGGCUGUGCACAGGGCAGUGGCAUUGGAGCUGCAGGCCAACAGGGAGCCCGACUUCAGCAGCCUGGUGCCCUCUCUCAGCUCCCGCAAGACGGCUGCCCGAGUUUUCUAUCUGCUCCUGGUGCUCUCAGCACAGCAGAUCCUUCGUGUGGAACAAGAUAAACCAUAUGGGCGCCUCUUGAUCCAGCCAGGACCCAGAUUCCACAGUGGUUAG